UUCAGUUUCGUUUCAGGACCCGAGAGCACAAAUUGGCAUUCCUCGAGGCUGCGUCUGAAGGCUCAGGGCGUCAUUUUGAAAGGGGUGACAGAAGAGGAGGUGUUGAGGUGCUGAGAGAGCGUCUUAGAGGACUGACAUACAAAGAAAAAGAGAAAAGCAAGAGUAACGAAAGAAGGAGAUCGGGUGAAAAAAUAAAAAGGUGUCGUCAUGUCUCCUGUCAUCCCACGGCUGGACAAGCACACGGAGAAGCAGCUCCUCUCCCUAUUUGAGGGGCACGUUAAGUUCAGCCUGCUCUACAAGGGCAGCCUGCAUGGCUUCAGUGUGUCUGAAAUAGGCAGGAAGAGCAUCAAUCAGGGCUGCAUCAUGAUGGUGGGCUACUUGGAGGAUGACGUCAUAGUGGGAGGCUGCACAAGUCAGUGGCUCAGAGUUCAGUAUGCAACAUUCAAGGAUGAAAAGGCCUUUUACUUCUCCAUUGAGCAGUCUGAGCUCGAUAGGACCCCCAUCAAGUCUGUCACAACCAAAUAUGAAGAGAUCAGCUUUGAGAAUGGCCUGAAGUUCCAUCGGUCCAAAACCAACAAUUCAAAACUGUUUGUCACUACAGUUGACCUGGAAGAAGAAAACGUCCUGAAAGACCUAGAGGUGUACCGGGUGGAAGACUUUGGUGACCUGCUGGACUCCCCCUGGCGAGAGCUGUACUGGGAUGAAGAGAUAAGGGACCAACUGAAAAACUCCAUCAUCAACUACAAGCCUCCCCUUAACUUGGUCUCCAAGACAAAGGUCCUGCUUGUGGGCCCUGUGGGUGCAGGCAAGUCGAGUUUCAUCAGCUCGGUGGGCUCUGUUUUUCAUGGCUGCGUUGCCCUCAAGGCAAUGGUGGGCACGGCGGCGCAGAGUUUUACCAACAUGUUUAGAUCAUACAACAUCAAAGCUUCACAAGCUGGAGAGCAGAACUCACUGGUUCUGUGUGACAUGAUGGGAUUGGGAGAAGAAGACCUACCAGGGGUGAAGGUGAACGAUGUGCUGCAGGCGGUGAAGGGGCACGUGCCCGAGGGGUACAAGUUCAACUCAUCUGAAGCCAUUGGCAGUGACACCAGAGGGUACAUCAGUACGCCGGGCAUAGCAAACAAAAUCGCCUGCGUGGCCUUUGUGGUCGAUGCCAGGAAAGUGCAGACCUACCCUGAUGACAUCCAGGAGGGGCUGCAGGAGCUGCGGCUGAAGAUCCGAGACCUUGGGGUGCCACAGGUGGCUCUGCUGACUCACAUCGAUGAGGUCUGCCACGCCGUCGAUAAGGACGUGAGUCGUGUUUAUGUGUGCCGACACGUCCAAGACAAGGCAAGUUGAGUUUCUGCAGCUUCUGUCCGUCUGGUGAGAGACAUCGGCCCACCCUCUGUCCU